CUCUGCCUAUCGGGACGGAAACAAUCACAGACACAGUUCCCAGACUGCGCAGUCAAAUUUCGGGAAGUGGAAAGGAUUGUGCAAAAAAAAAAGAAGUCAUCUCCGAGCCUCUCCCGACCUAGUGCCUGUUUUCCGCCACACAUCGAUCGCAAAGACGCAUUAUUUGUUGGUGCGUAUUUGCGUUCACGACAGCGACAGGUUUUUUUUUAUUGUCGGUUCGAAUAAACCCACAUACUCGCCCUUCGGUGUUGGUCAGCUUCCCUUUGCCAGUGCUCUGGCAGAAGAAGUUAGUGUGCGUGUGCGUGCGUGCGUGUAUGGUGGCGGAUGCAAAACAAAUCGCCCAGCAGAGCGGCGCAGUGUUGUGAUACGAACACGCGUAAUUAUUGAAUCGUACAUUUGUAAUCGUAAUCGCGACCCUUGUUCGUCGUAUGUGUUUGUUGUUGGUGGUGCUCUAGUGUGUACGUGUGGUACCCAAACAGCCGCUGACGUCGGCAUCAUCUGGGCAGGCGAGUGAAAGCGCAACAAAGCGCCACCGUGUGUUUGGUUUCCUACGGGAGCUGCGCUUCCGAACCAAUCGAAAGCAAUUUCCGGAUUUAGGGCAACUUUCCUCGCCCAUUCCCCCUCCCCGUAGUGAGUGCAAAAAGUGUGCAGCGUGUCAGUCCGUGCUGCAUCCCCGUCAGCAUCGUAGUGUGCAUUGCGUAUCGUGGGCCCAUCAUCUCCCAUCCCCCACGUUUCCACACAUUUUUCGCUGUAUUGUGCGACCGCGUGUUGCAUGUUGACGACGGCAACAUGUCCUACCGAAUACUGCGCAAGCUGCAGGGGAACGAGCUGGAGAUAAAGGAACAGAUCGAUGAGGUGUCGGACGGUGGCGAUGCCGAUUACGACACCAACAGCACCAGCAGCCAGAACCGCAACAACAGCAAGAAGCAGCUCAACAUCAAUCGAUACGAUCUGCUGAACCAGCAACAGUCGCUGUCCGAGAGCGAGGUAAAGGAGGACGACAACGAUGAGACGGAAAAGGAUGCGGCCGACGGCCCGGUAAGCGUACAUCUGGCCGAGGCGAAGAAGCGCAAGAAGAAGAAGAAGAAGAAGACGGGCAAGUACAUCUCCAGCUCGGCGCGCCGCAGCAGCGAGGACAAUGCCGACAUCGAGGACGAUUUUACGCGCACGGUCAAGGAGGUGGACAAGCUGUUCGGCAACUUCCCGCGCGACUCGACCGCCGAUCACCCCCACCACCACCACCAUCAUCAUCCGCCGCAUCACCAUCACCAUCAUCAGGAUGGUGGCGGUGGUGGGCCAGGUGAAGGUAAGGCGGGCGGGGCCGGUGCUGUGACCGCAAAAUCGUUGCUGAACGUGCAGCAUAAAAAUCUGAACCCGCAGUACGAGAUGAAGCGCAUGUUCGGCAGCAAGGUCGUCGGCGAUCAACAAAACAAGCGACGCAAUGCACGUGGUGCGUCCCGGCUGCAAAAGUCGACCUACCUGGUCAACCCGAAGGAAUCGUGGCCCCCGGUCGGCAAGUCGGGCAUCUACAUGAACCUGGUGCAGGCACCGGAACCGGGCACGUCGACGUCCGCCGCCGGGCCGAAGGCCAUCUUCGACAAGAACGUCAUCUACUUUGCGUUCGAGCACAGCCCCUCGUACCGGCAGGUGCAGCAGAAGUUCCUCGACGCGGUCGAGAGCAUGGACUCGGAGAACAUCAUACGCAUCAUCAACCAGUACCCGUACCACGUGGACUCGCUCAUACAGCUGAGCGAGCUGUGCAAGAUGACGGACGAUCACGCGAUGGCGUCGGAGCUGAUCGAGCACGCGCUGCUCGCCCUCGAGUCGUCCUUUCACACGAUGUUCAGCCUGACGCAGGGCAACUGCCGGCUGGACUACCGGCGGCAGGAGAAUCGGGCCCUCUUCAUCGCGCUCUUCAAGCACGGGCAGCAUCUGGAGUCGCGGGCCUGCUCGCGGACCGCGCUCGAGGUCGCCAAGCUGAUACUGUCGUUCGAUCCGGUGAACGACCCGCUGGCCAUGAUCCUGAUCGUCGACUACUACGCGAUCCGGGCGAAGCAGUACGAGUGGCUGGUGACGCUGUACGAGGAGUGGGACGCAACGAACAAUCUGUCCCAGCUGCCGAACAUGGCCUACUCGUACGCGAUGGCGCUGUUCCAUCUGAAGCGCACCGAGGCGGCCGAUAAGGCACUGCAGUACGCGCUGCUCAUGUUCCCGGGCGUGCUGCGCCCGCUGAUGGACGAGCUGUCGAUACAGGCGGACAGCCGGGUGGCCGGGCACAACUACUUCGGGCCGGGCGCGUACAACAAAGCGCUGGUGGCGCUGCAGCAGCUGAUGUCGCUGUACGUGUGCCGCUCGAAGCUGGUGUGGCGCGAUGCGGAACUGUUGCCGUGGCUGGAGCGGAACGUGAACGCGGUGCUGGAUCGGGUCGAUGCCAAAGAGGACGUGGUGGCCGAGUACGCUACCAAGCGGAGUCAAAGGUAUUCCAAUCCGCCCCGGCAAGUGCUGCGUCAUAUUGUGCUGUCGGAUUUCAAGGAAAAGGUACCGCUGGCACAGUUUAUCAAAAAGGAAACCGACCCAAUGCUGAUGUACGAUCCGCUGCCACCGCUCGACUCCAUCAACAUCUACUCCCGGUUCGUGCGGAAAGGGCUGCUGUGCUACUACUCAACAGAAGAUACUCAAAUACGCUCCUUUUGUCCAUUUUGCUUUUCCAGACCCACGCUGACAACAAACGCGCAGCGACUUCCGAAUGACCCGCUCCAUCUUUUCUUUCAAUCGUUGCUUCCUAAUUUUAACGCUCAAGCCCAACCUGCUGCUCCACCGGCUGCUGCCGCCGCCGCCGCUGCUGUUGCUGCUGCUCCGCCUCAGCAGGCAAAUGUUGCUGCUGCUGCAGCUGCCGCCGCGGCUGCCGCUGCUGCUGCUGCCGGUGGCGAGGGUGCGGGUGGCGCUGCCGGUGCCGACCGGGACAAUGGAAGCAUGGCGACGUACAGCAGCACGCUGGUCACGAUCGUGGAAGCGAUGCGCGAGUUCCUGUCCGGCAUCCGUGCGCUCGAGCGACCGAACGACGCAGACGUGGACGAAGCGGAGAGCACCGAGGAGGACGAACCGAACGACUUUCUGAUGUAAAUCGACACGCCUGGAGAACAGCCAACUUUCUACUACUGCUACUACCAGUCCUCCUCCUUCUCUGCUGCCCCCAAUAACCGCCUCCCUCUCCCAAUGUUGGAGCGCUUGGAAAAGAACUGCUGAAAUGCUAAAAUCUACUACUUAUCCAUAUAUCUACACAAUACACAUACAAUAUGCGCUGUGGAAAUGGCAACGGCCGAUAAAGUUAGUCAUUAGUGAAUAGUUUCAUACACAGCUGCCCUCUUUCGGUUUAGGUGUGCGCCGCGUGCCUGUGAGUGUUUGUUUGUUUGUUUGUUUUGUGUCGGAGAUGAUCCCUGUUCGAUUGUGUUGUUGAAGGAAUCGAAAACCCCCCAUCAUAAUAUACUCAAACACACCCACCAACAGCCGGUACGAUAGGAUCGCGUUUAUCAUGUGUGUAUGGUCUAGUUUUGUAAGUGCUUACAGCAUAGUACAGUGCGCGUACUUUACACUUUACUUUUCCGAACCGACAUUAUUAGCAUACCUUGCAUCAGCUCAUGUAAUACGACGUUAAUGGACGGAUAAUAUCAUGUAUUUGCUAUCGCUAUCGUUUGUUGUUGUUUCGAGCGUGAGCGUAAUUAUCGAUGUCGCCGUUGUCGGAAGAUUCAUUUUAAAAAGUAAGCAAAGGAUUCGCUUUUCGACAACUUAUAAAGUAAAUUGCGGCCCAUUUCGGUGAAGGGAAUUAAAAUUACGUUUCAAACCCGUUUCUUUGUUAAGCAGUGCCACUUAAAUACCUUUAAAUUGGCCGAUGUCAACUUCACUACUUUGUUAUGAUGAUUCAGCCUUUUAUUGUCUGAAUAUUCGUUAUUAGAGAACUUUUUUUUUUGUCGUGCACUACUAGCAACGAGUUGAUAUGUUGUUUGUUGCAUUUAACCUUUAACCUUUUUCGAGCGAUUUAUUAGAACAACAACCAAAACAAAACAGAACUUGCAAAAAAAAAGUACUAACGGCUGCGAGAAAAUGAAUACGCCCAUCUUUUUGUACGCUUAACGCUUAUUAUCCUAACGAAAGUGGAAUUAUUUCCAGAAAAAGAAAAAGGAAAGAAUAUAAUUCAAGUGUCACCGAAGACGAAUGUUUUGCGCCAGAGGAAAGAGGGUUCAAGUUCAAGGUGCGUAUGUUAACCACCGGAAAAUGAACUAUUGAAAAAUAAAUCGUAUUUUCUUCAAGCAAGAA